UUAAUAAUAAAAAAAAAAAAAACAUGUACAACAACCCGUAUUAAAAAGCUCUACGGAAUCGCGCGCUCUCAAGUUGUUUUGUGCCCGGCAGGUAACGGCGGCCUGGAGCGGCUCAUAACGAGCCACGUCGAAGUGAGCAAGAUCGGCCGACAGAUCGCCGAGGAGGUGCUGGACCAACAGAGACGCAGCGAUCAGGACUCGUCGCCCGGAAGCAGCCCGACGCCCGGCACCGAGCCCGCGAACUCGACGCUUGGCAAUGUCGAGAUGGCAUCGGUCGUAUCCCCUGAGAGGUCGUCGGCCACGGAUGUGCAUCAACAGCAGCAACAGCAGCAACAGACGGCCACGAGCAGCGACAACAGCAGCAGCAAUCCGCCCAUAAGUUACAAUAAUCUGAACAGCAAUGUGCAGCUCAAUAUAAUCGCCAGCGAUCAGGUCGGCCCACCGCCGGGCGAAGAGGACAUGAUAAACAUGAUCAGCGGCUCUUGCGCGGCGAUCGAGUCGCCCAACACGAUACCCACGGACGGCAACGACGAGGCAGCCAUGGCUGUGAUCAUGAGCCUUCUCGAAGCCGACGCUGGUCUCGGUGGCCCCGUUGACUUUUCUGGCUUGCCAUGGCCUCUGCCUUGAGAGAAAGCGAGAUCCCACGCAACGAUCAGAUGAUUGAGUGUAUAAUUUUCAUCGCCAUGUGCGUGUCUCCCCCCACUCCAGCUCCCCCUCGUCUCUCUCUGUAUAAGCUGUGACAACAGCAACUAACAGGUGCUAUAUAUAAAUAUAUUAUUUGAAACUGUAUAAUGCUCGGAUGAGUUAUAUAUCAAAUUGCAACUUUUCGUUUGGUGUUCUUUAGAGUGACUCUGUUUUUGUUGUGCAUAAUGUAUAAAAAAAAACCAACUCGAUUUCGCAAUCGUAACAUUAAAAAUUACAUUUAUUAAUUUAAAUGACAAAAAAAGUUAACUUUUGUGCUUCAGUGCAAGUUGAGUGCUCUUUGACAAGAACGAAUUUUUUUGUUAAUUGCAAUUUUCGUGAUACUGUACUAUUGUACAGCUCCGAAUCUUGGAAAACCGUAUACAAUGUACAUUUUGUGUCAAAUAUGAACAUUUUUAUCUUAUUAUGUAUAUAAGUUUGUCUUAACGAUUAUUAUUAUUAUAAAGUUAUGUAAGUUUAACGAUUUUUCGACCACAUUUCGAAUACAAUUAUUUCUGUAAAUGAAUUUUCAGUGAUCUGUACGGUGUAUUUUUAGUAUAUAGCACAAUAUAUUUUUCAACUAAAAUUGUGAAUAAAAACGAGCAUGUGAGAUAUAACA